AGUUACGCGCCGUACGGCAGAGAGUGCGCACCAACAUGACCAAGGUGGAGCCGCAAGUCAUAGCCAUAAGCAUCGGCGGCGGCAAGCCCCAAGUGGGCUACCUGCAGAUGCAGUCCACAAUGGUUAACUGUCCGGCCUGCGAGCAUUUCGAGCCGAGCAUUGUGCAGCGCGAGGCGGUCAGCUGUCUGCAGCGCGUGCUUGGCCUGACCAAGCUAUGCAAGAGCUGGAGCGGACGCGAGGACAUCAAUCACUACUGUGCCCACUGCGGCUGCUUUAUCGGGCGCUACGUGCCCUUGGGCUGCUACGAGCGCUGCCUUUCCAAGUCGGCACGUAAGCAGGCAGUCGUGGACGAGAUGCGACUCAAAACCAAGCCCAAGGAUUGUGCGGUGCGUGCCCAGAAGUCCAGAGAACUUAUCCUGGCCAAACGAGCCGAGAAGCGCGCACAGCGAGAGGCACAAAAGCAAAAUCAGAAUCAAACCCAAACUGUGUUGCAAUAAGUACAAAAUGGGCUG